AUCCAAACAGUGCCAUACUAUCCCCUCUUCCUUUCUGUAAGACCUUCUAAAAAUUAUUUGUUUCAAUAGGGAAGGAAAAGAAGCAUGGUUCACAGUGCAAUAUUUCCUACAAACUUCACUCCUGUUUCUUCUACAAGGCCUGCUAAAGCUCAGUUACCUUCUCUCUCUCAUAUUCUUCCUACUUCUCUUCCAUACAGAACAAAAGGGAGAGGGUUGUACCUCCCCCCAUCCGUAGCUUCUAUCCCAUAUCAACCAGUCAAUGUGGAUUACCUGGAACAGGAGUUCAGCGGCCAUGGAGUCACCUUUGAAGGCAUUGGUGAAGAAAAUUGUGUUGCCAAGAUGGAGCUGCAGAAUGGCAGCUCUGCUACACUCAUGCUUCCUGGCGGUUUGAUUACAUCCUACAAGGCUCGAAUGUGGCAUGGAGGUAGUCUUGAGCUGCUGCACACUACAGUCUCAGGGGGGGAGUAUGGUGGAGAUCCAGUUGUGCAAGGAGGGUUGGCUUCAGCCUUAUUCUUUGGUGGUGGGAAUGGUGCAGCUCCUUGGUCUCCCAGUACUUGGAUUCUGAAUGGUAUCAAAGGAAAUUCUCAGGAUUUCAUUCAGGUUGAACUGAUAAGUAGUAAAACAGAGAAUAUGGUGGAAGCAAGGCAUAUUCUGACACUCAGAGAAGAUGUAUUAAGCUUGGAGAUUGUUAUCUCAAACCUAAGCUCAUCACCCCUGCAGUGGACAGGAACUACCAUAAGCCAUCUAACUGUGAGCUCACCCGAUGCAACGUAUGCAGUUGGAUUGGAAGGAUCAAAUUUUCUCAGCAUACCACCAUUUUUGUCAAAUUUCAGUUUAGUUCCUCCAGAAUUCAAACAGAAAAAGGAUUCUGGACUUGGGAGAUUCUGGGGUCAAAUUACAGGAAAUGGGUUUCUUAGCAGCUGGAAUUCAAGAAAUCAAAAGAAUAUCAGUGAAACAGAAAGAAGGAAGAGAAGACCUGAAGAAGAGAUGGAGGGUGAAGAGGAUGAUAAUUAUAAGCAGUUAAAUGAAGAAAUAAGCAGGAUUUACACUAGUGCACCAACUUACUUCACAGUCAUUGACAGGGGUCGAAGAAACUCAGUUGCAGUAGGAAGAGAUGGAUUCAAAGAACUGUACAUGUUCAGCCCUGGAUCAGGACAUGAAUGUUAUGGCAAGUAUGCUUAUGUCUGUGUAGGUCAGUCAGCCAUGCUAAAACCAAUAAUCCUGGGUCCAGGAGAAGUUUGGCGAGGCGCACAGCAUUUACAAAAUCCUAAUCUCUAAGUCAAAGUGCAUGACAUGGAUAAAAACUUCAUGCCUGCUUGCAGAAGAGAAGUUUUUGUUGAUUGCAAUUACAAUGUAACAUGUCCUGAUUCUUCAGCUACUAAUUGUAUAAGUGAAAAAAGAAAAAAUAAUAAUAAUAAUUGGGGAAGUCAAGUCUACAAAGAAAAGAAAUGCCUGAUAAGCAA